AUGGAAACAAGAAGAAAAAAAGUAGAUGAAGAAUUUGUGGAAAGCUCUGAUGAUGAUGGCAGCGGUGACUGGAACCCUUCUGAAAAGUUGUGGGAUGAAUCUAUUGUUCAGGAGUCUCAAUCAAAUACCACCGAGACGGUGCAUAGGAAACGUAUGGAGGUUGAAGAAACAUUUAAUGCGAAAGCGAGAAUGGAGGCGGCCGCUCAGGAGAAAGUAGUAGGGAAUUAUGCACAGACAUUGGAAAAGAAGAAUCAAUUUUCUGACUUUAUUGGUUUCGAGGAAACUAAUAAUAACCCUCAGUUGGAAAUAUUACCUGACGAGUAUGGUGGAGAAUUCAAACUAGGUGAAUGGGAAAAUGGAAAAAACUGUGGUGUGGGCCAAAAAGCAUUAUUAGAUGUGGGUGUGGAUUAUUGUGCCAAAAAUAAAACUAAGGUCAAAAGGCCCAAUUUCUCAAGGCAACAAAAGCCCACAGUAACAGGUUAUAAGAACAAAGGGAAUUCUAAUGGUGCUUCUGGUAACUGGGAUCGCAACAUUCCUUCUUCUUCAAAAGGGGGUUCUUUUUCUUCAUGUGGCGUACCCUCACAAUCUUCAGAGGCUUCAAGUUUAUGCAGUAAAUCUCAAAAGGGAACCAAGUCUCCUAAAGGGAAUUAA